AUGAAAGUUGAAGGAACUUUUACGCACGCGAAGAAAGUUUUGACAAUUCAAUGGGGACUUCGACUGGGGGAAUCGAAAGGUUCACACUCUCUUCAGGGAUGCAUUAUACUCCAUGAUGGCAACCCCAAGCUCGCUACGCUGAAGUACAACAAGGAGAAUAAAAUCGCCAUCGCCAACCUUUAUCCCUCAGUAUCAGAAGACAGGGGGGCCAGCUCAACAGAUCCAGACGCCAUCUCAGAGAUCCAAUCUGAAGUAGCGUCAUUGUACUUCAAUAGCGGCAAUGACAAUCUGCUCAUGGAGGACUGGACCUAUGAGCCAGGGUACCAUCUGCCAGCUAAGGUUCUUGUCUUUGGCCACCACUUCGACUUUCAAGUCGAAAUAAAGAAGGCUGGACUUAUAGCGAGUGGAAGCCUGGCUGGUCCAAUAACUCUCACAGUCGCAGAGCUUGUCGGGUGGGUUGACCCUCAUAAGAAGCGUUCUCAAACUCCAGGCCCAACUGCAAUCUUGGGCAAGUUCGAAGAGCGGCAUUUGGAGGGCACUGCGCAGUUCUUCGGAAACCUUCUUAGCAUUCCAUCCCCAUCGAUACGUUUCAUCUACAAGAGCAAGCGCGUCUCACUUUCGAAUAGAAGUUAUCCUCUAAAAGAUGUCUGCGCCAAUGAUUUCGAGCUUGACGAAUUCGAGCUAGUCCUUGAAACACCGUGGUCAGCUCAAAAUAUCGAGACCAUGCUGCUCAAUAAUAUCACAGGGAGCUUGCAGAGAAUCGGGGAAGGAAUCUGGAAGCGCCCCCAGGGUCUCGUAAGUAUUAUGGCAGCCAUCGCUGUUGAGAGAUAUGCCAAGUCUACCAUUGCUGGUCUGAUUUGCCGUAGUGUUAGAUCUAAGAAGCUCGAGAAGGCCGGCGCGGUGGCCAGUGAAGCAGAAGCAACGGCGGAGGCAGUAGCUGGUGUUGAAGGUGCUGCCGGCGGCGUUGCGGGUGCAGCAAGUGUUACUGGAACCGCUGAAGUAAUCGCCUUUCAAGGGGAAGCUCUGCUCAAGAUGUUGGCUAUUUCCGCAGGUCCCAAAAGUUUUGGUUGA